CGCGAGAAUUCGUCAAGGAAACGCCGGAAACAGCUCCUCAGUAGCGGCUGAAGGGGCGGUCUCGAGGAGUGAGGGAAUCCGGGCCGCUCCGUGGUGCAAGAUGGCGGACAUCUCCCUGGACGAGCUUAUCCGGAAACGGGGAGCUGCGGCAAAGGGGCGGCUCAGUGUCAGACCAGGAGUUGGAGGUAUCCGAUCUUAUUUUGGGAUCCAGCAGAGCUUCCUCAGCCAGCCAGCACGCACAGCCACCUUCCAGCAGAAGUUUGAUGCCCGGCAGAAGAUCGGCCUCUCGGAUGCCCGGCUCAAGCUGGGAGUCAAGGAUGCCCGAGAAAAGCUUCUGCAGAAAGAUGCUCGUUUCCGGAUCAGAGGGAAAGUGCAGGAUGCCAGAGAGAUGUUGAACUCCCGCAAGCAGCAGAGCAUGGCUCCCCAGAGGCCCCACCAGGUAGCUGAUGCCCGGGAGAAGCUCAGCUUGAAGCGGAGUUCCCCUGCUUCCUUCAUGAGCCCCCCCAUCGGGACGGUGACUCCAGCGCUGAAGCUCACUAAAACCAUCCAGGUCCCACAGCAGAAGGCCAUGACACCGCCUCAUGCCCAUCCUGCUGGAAUGAGGAUUAACGUCGUCAACAAUCACCAGGGGAGACAGAAUUUAUAUGACCUGGAUGAAGAUGAUGACAUUGCAGCUCCCAUUCCUAGUAAACAGAUGAAAUUGGCAACCUCCAGCAGCUUUCUCCACCACAUGGCCGGGCUGAGCAGUUCCAAGCUUUCCAUGUCCAAGGCCCCCCCUCUCACCAAAGUGGUUCAGAAUGAUGCGUACACAGCUCCUGCUCUCCCCCCCUCGGUUCGAACGAAAGCCUUGACCAACAUGUCCCGGACACUAGUGAACAAGGAGGAUUCCCCCAAAGAGCUGCCGCCUGCUGAGCCUGUCCUCAGCCCUUUGGAAGGGACCAAGAUGACUGUGAAUAACCUACACCCUAGGGUCACCGAGGAGGACAUUGUUGAGCUUUUCUGUGUGUGUGGAGCCCUGAAGCGGGCUCGGCUGGUCCAUCCGGGGGUAGCAGAGGUGGUUUUUGUGAAGAAGGAUGAUGCCAUCACCGCAUACAAGAAAUACAACAACCGGUGUCUGGACGGGCAACCAAUGAAGUGCAACCUUCACAUGAAUGGGAACGUCAUCACCUCCGACCAGCCCAUCCUGCUACGGCUGAGUGACAGCCCCUCGGUGAGAAAGGAGAGUGAGCUGCCUCGCAGGGCGAACUCUGCCGCCUCGUCCAACCCUCCAGCUGAGGUGGACCCCGACACCAUCCUGAAGGCGCUCUUCAAGUCCUCGGGCGUCUCUGUGGCCACACAGCCCACAGAAUUCAAAAUCAAACUUUGAGCGGGGGAGCAAGGCAGCCAGAAGGGGGCAGAGGAGGGAGGCUCUGUUUCCCGAAGCAAAGCUUGUGACCAAUGGGCCGUUGGACUGGAGGCCCCAGGCGGGGGUAAGAGCUCCUCACUGGACAGACCCGCCUUCCUGUGAUGUGUUCUACCCUGUGCUCUGUACGUUAACAUUUCCUGUAGUGUUUCUUCUCCCUCCACCUUCUCUCCAAGGUAGGUUUGUGUUGUUCAGAUUGUCUCUCCCCUUAAACUGAGCUCCAAACCAAGUUCUUUCUCGGAAAUGGCGUCCUGAAUUCUCUGUGUGCUUUCUUGUGGCUCCAUGGGAUACAGAGUGGGGCUGUUUGGAGGAUCCUGUUUUUUCCAGGGGUGAGGGGCUUCCUCCCGUUUUAUUUUUUGAAGUUUUUGAACAAAGUGGAGAAGGGAAGUUUCACCAUCCUAAUGGGAGCCGAGUCAGCUCCAGAGCUGUGCCACUCUCCGGCCUGGUCAGUGGAGGGGCCUGGGUGGGCAUCAGGCCACAGGCUCUUGUCCUCUUCCCACAAUUGUCUCCACACCAGUGUGUUCUGGAGGGCCCUGUUGGCAAGGGCAGGGUGAGGCUGCUGCUCUGCCAGGAAGUGUGCACCCCAGCUCUUGCCUGCAGGGCCCGUGCUGUUUCGGGCAGCUCAGAGCUAAUCCUGAGGUCACAGGUCCCUUUCCCGUGGGUUAGGCCCAGUGCUCCCCCCCAGUUCCCUUGGCCUCCGGUUAUUACUGCUGGGAGGGCUUGCUGGUCCCUCAAGUUUUCACUAGCCCAGAGCUCAUCACACCCUGGUCCUGGUGUUAAUGCCAGCUCUCCCCUAGUUCUGGGACACUGUGGGUUUGGAGGAUUAUUAAAAGGGGAGAUAUUGGCUUGCUCCUGGCUCUUUUUUUCUGGCCUCAGAUGUCUACAGGAUAAUAGUCAGGAUUCUUGGGAGCACAUAUGCAGCUUCCACCUUUGUAAGUGGCCCAUCGGUCCAUGAGCAGAGGGAUCUUUUCCUGCCUUGGCAAUGGGGGAGGGGAGUGGUGGUAAGAAGGGAGUAGAGAGAGCAAAGCAGCCCGUCCAGGCAAACACUAGGUUCCUCUCUCAGAAUGGUUCCAGGGAGUUGGGGCAAAACUUUAGCACUCAGGGCAGCCCCUGAAUGCCCAGUCAGCAUGGCUCCAGAGUCACCAUCAGUGCCCCGCCAGCUGGCUGGGGCUGUAAAGGGAGUCCAGGUGGUAGAGCUGGAGAGAGUUGGGGAGCAGGAUUCUGGGAGCCCCACAGGAUCAGUAGCAAGUGCUGUGAAAGGCACAGGCCAAGAAAGGAAAGGGGCUGAGACACUAAGCCUCUCGUGACCUGCUUGGGGCCAGCACAGUGAAGACAAACCUUUAAACACGUUUCCUCAGAGUUAAAUCUGUCAAGCAGGGGGCCUGGGCUCCGUCCUCCAGCUCCGUCCUCCAGCUCCGAGGUUGCGCAGGCCCAGCAAGUCCAAGGAAUGUGCUUGGUGGUGCUCCCUUUAUGGUUCCGUAAAGAAUGCAGUUCUUGUUCCCUUUUCCCCCUUUAAAUGGGUGCAAAUGUAGUUCUCAGCAGCUGAAAGACAUUCAUCCUACACUUCCCAAAACUCCUGGCCCAAGAGAGCAUCCAAGGCGUAGGGCCUCGUUCUGGGGCCCUGAGCACAGGCGGCCACGCUCAGACUCUGCCCUGAGCAGAGGUGGUAAACAUCCUGCCUGCAUGGUGUUGCCCUCCCCACUUCCAGUCCCAGGCCAGGCCGCUCUGGUAGCAGAGUGUUGUUGAGGUAGCUGCAGCCACCUGGUCACCUGGACCCGGUCCUGGACAGCCAUGUGGUACAUUGUGGGGUGAAGCCCGUUUGUCUCCCCUAGUCUACAGGAUGGCAUCGAAGAGAAGGUGGUGGGCCAAUCCUCGUGUCCCUCUUAACUUCCCGCUCCCCUACGUUCCCCAUCUGUGUCUCUUUUGUUCAAAAGAAGAGGAAGAGGCAUUAAGGGAUGGAAGAGACUCUGUUACUUAUACAUUUCUGAAUAAAUGUUUGUUAUUCCUA